GUCAUUGAUGACGUUGAAUUGUUGAUUUGGGGCGAUUUGUGGUUGAUUGAUUUGAUUUUGAAAUUUCCCAAUUCCCUGUGUGUGUGUUCUACUAUUUAGUAUUUAGAUAAGAACAUUAGUCAUUCAAAAGAAAAAACUCUAACAUGGCGAAAAAUACUUCAAGUUCCGCCUUCCGAAAAAUUGAUAUAGAUCAAUACAAUGAAGAUAACUUCAAAGAGGACGAGGCUGAGCAAGCGGUGCCCACCGGACCAGAUGAAGGCGAAGUGUGUGCAUUACUCAACCAAGCUCGAUAUGUUGAAGCUCUUAAACAUGUGUUAAACAAUGCACCCCUGGGAUCAACAGAUCAACAAGUGAAGGAUAAUGCCCUGUCACUCACUCUAAAAGUAUUAAUUGCAGUGAAGUCAGCCCAAAUUGAAGAAGUUGUUGGAAAUUUAUCACUUGACGAUAUUGACAUUCUAAUGAAAUACAUAUAUAGAGGGUUUGAAUAUCCAUCAGAGGGUUCAAGUGGCCACCUUUUACUUUGGCAUGAAAAAGCAUUCAACAUUGGAGGUGCUGGAUCUAUUGUCAGAGUUUUAUCAGACAGAAUGAAAGUAUAAAAUAAGUAUUAUUAAAAUGAAAAUUAUUCUUAUUUAAAUGUAUUAUACAUAACAGAAAUUACCUAAUAAACUAUAUAUCACACCACA